ACACAAAAACAAGUAAUGGAGACUGAAGAGACUUCCAAGUCAUUACAGAAACCAUCAGAAGACAUCUGCACAACCAUUGUUCAACUCCAGGAUGAAAAAGUAGCUGAGGGGCCAACAGUUCCUGAAGUUUCUCCUAGUCCAAGCUGCAAAUAUAUUGUGUGCAGGUUACUACUGCUCUUAUAUCCUAUGCUAGUGAUUAUCAUCAUCUUCCUCACUGUGUACCAACAGGCUUACCCUAUAUGUCUAGUGGGCUGGGUACACUUCAGAUCCAAGUGUUACUUCUUCUCCACCAAUGAAAUGACCUGGCAGUCAAGCCACAGCGAGUGCAUGGCAGAGCGUGGGCACCUGGUGAUUAUAGAAAGUGCAGAGGAGCAGGCAUUUUUAAAAAAUGAAAUUAAUGUCACAGGAGGUAACAACAAAGGGUAUUGGAUUGGCCUGUCUGAUCAGGAAAGUGAAGAUAAAUUUCUCUGGGUUGACAACAGACGUCUUAACCCAAAAUAUAGCUUCUGGGGCAAGGGCUAUUCUAACAAUCAAUCUGAAGACUGUGUUCAAAUAGGGAUAAAUGGAAACUGGGAUGACUGGCAUAUCUCCACCUGUGAAACUCCAAGAAAAAGAAUUUGUGAGACCCCCGCAGAGCUGCUUCAUAUCUAGACCACUGUUAGACAUUGCAGACCUAUGACAUGGUUGCCAUUGUCUACUAUUUGAUCUGGACACUUCAAUAGUUACUUGAUACACCUCGCCGGGAGCAGGGUGCCGCCAACAUACUGUGUAGUGUGCUCCUUUUUACAAUAAAGUGCUAUGACCUUUUUA